AUGGCCUCCGCCAUCAACGACGACGAACUCUCCAUCUCCCUUCCUCAAAAUGAACACACCCGGCCCAGACCAUCUUUACCCGCGGUCGCUUGUCCUCCUUCGCGGCAGAGAAGCGGUCAGACGCCUGUGGCAGACUCUCCAGGCACCAUCCGAUCCAUGAAUCGGUUACAUCAGUACAGCUUUGUCCGCAACAUCGGUGAAGGCUCGUUUGGUAAAGUCAAACUGGCGAGGCAUAAGGUUACCGGGCAAGAGGUUGCAAUGAAGACCAUCAAUCGACGCAAAUUGAUCAGUCGAGACAUGGCCGGCCGCAUCGAACGUGAGAUUCAGUACCUGCAAUUACUGCGACAUCCGCACAUCAUCAAACUGUACACGGUGAUCACCACCAAGACGGACAUAUACAUGGUUCUGGAAUAUGUGCCAAUGGAACUGUUUGAUUACAUCGUCAAACAUGGUCGGCUAGGAGAGGCCAAGGCCCGCAAGCUAUUUCAACAGAUCAUUUGCGCCGUCGAAUAUUGCCAUCGACACAAGAUCGUGCACCGAGAUUUGAAGCCGGAAAAUCUUCUGCUUGAUAAAAACAUGAACGUCAAGAUUGCCGAUUUUGGGCUAAGCAAUAUCAUGACCGAUGGCAAUUUCCUCAAGACCAGCUGUGGAAGCCCGAACUACGCUGCACCCGAAGUUAUUGGCGGAAAGUUGUAUGCUGGGCCGGAAGUCGACGUUUGGAGUUGCGGAGUCAUCCUCUACGUUUUCCUUGUCGGCCGACUUCCCUUUGAUGACGAAUUUAUCCCGGCACUGUUCAAGAAAAUCCAGGCCGGGACAUUCCAUAUUCCGUCGCAGACGCCUCCGGGUGCGGUGAACCUCAUCAAACGUUGUCUGCAGGUGCAUCCCGUCCACCGUAUCACUAUCCCCGAGAUCCGACAAGAUGAAUGGUUUGUCAAGGAUCUCCCGGCUUAUCUGGUUGAUCCGGUCGAAGAAUUUUUGGACACGGGAGUUGACCCCAGUAAAGCAAUCGACCCUAGACAACUGGCGCCUGGGAAACCGCCCGAGGUCGUCGAGAGGAUCCAUGAGCAGGUCGUUGGAAAGCUUGGUCGGACCAUGGGUUAUGCCAGAGAAGAUGUCAAGGACGCUCUUAGCAAAGAUGAACCAAGCGCCAUCAAAGAUGCCUAUCUUAUUGUGAGGGAGAAUCAACUGAUGAUUGACACGCAACAAUACCGAGCCGAAAAUCCUGAGCUCGAGUUGUUCAUGGCUUCUUCACCACCCGUCGAACCUAACUUUCCUGGGUUUCCUGGUUCGCCGCCCGCGGGUCGAAGAUACCAGGACGAUGUGAAACCGCUUACGCCGACACGAGGGGAAGGCCACCGAUCAAGCCGCACAUUGUCCGAGACGCCUUCAUUCCGAGAGGAAGAGAAGCCCAGGAUCUCGAAUGUCCGCGUCUUGAACACAUCCCUUCCUCAUGUCCACGAGGAACUGAUGCAAAUCCGAGAAAAGGCGAAGAGCAGAGGCGAAGACCCAGACUCAAUUCUGCAUCCGUCCCAGGAGGAGAAAGACGACGCCGAAAGCCCGAUUCCGGAAGAAAUCAAGGAUGAAAAUGGAAACCCCAUUUAUCGAUCCAAAGAAGAGCAAGAAGCGACAUCCCGUGCACUCAAGCCACAUUCCAGAUCAGUGACUUCUAUGAGUGUGUUGCGAGAUCCGCAGUCCCGACCCGAAGGCUUGACGGGCAUGUCGCAAGAUGAAAGACGACCCGCGGCCUCCAAGCCCAAGCCACGAAAGUGGCAGUUCGGCAUCCGGUCUCGAAAUGCACCGUAUGAAGCGAUGAAGUGUCUUUAUGGUGCGCUCCGAGCUCAGGGGGCUGAUUGGGAAGUCAAUCCGUGGCUGCUCCCGGAGUCACUGCCCGACGGUGAAGACGACAAGGACCUCAUUCCCGCGCCGCCUCCCGAACUCGCGCCUGGGGAACGCCACGCCGUCCUCCAACAGAAGCACUCUUGGCUAGAUGAGCAUUACUACGUGCCGCGGGACCCUUGGAACAUCCGGGCCCGAGUCUUGAAGAAAGGGAUGCUGAUGCCCGGCGAAGCGCCAUCACUCUCGGCCCACAGCUCUGCUGUCAGUUUACCAGCGGAAGCACAAGACCAGCUGAAAAAACACAUUGAGCAACUGGGGGGUUAUGCUUCUGAUGAUAUUGCAAAGGCGCUGGGUGUGCAUAUCUCAAACGGGUCAACUUCCAAGGUCAAGUCACCCGGGGAGUGGAACACUCAGAAUCAGGAUGCGUUCACUGGACCCGGUCAGCCCAUGAGCCGACCGGAAAGUCUGUCAACACUGAACAAGAAGAUUCCCAGCGAGCACAUUGGGGUGUGGGUGUUCAUAGACAUUCAGUUGUAUACUUUGGAGAGUGGGACUUAUGUGGUCGACUUCAAAUGUGACGGAUACCAGAAUGUCGUUUGGCACGAUGCCAAGAGAGAGCGGGAGAAGAGCAAGACGUCCAGCAACAACAGUGUGGUUACCAGUCCGUCCGCCAGCCGACCAACAAGCGGGUUUGGAGAGCUCAGUCAUCCCAGUUCGGAUCGACUGGACGAGGAGGGGUCCGAAGGGUAUUGGAAACCAGUCAGCAAACGAUACAAGAACGUGGAAAAAGAGAUCUCGAGUCCAUAUCCGUUUCUUGACGUUGCCAGUGACCUGGUAGCUCAACUAGUAAGUCGAGGUCUCGGGCUCACAGGAAGAGAACAGCAGUGCUAA